AUGCCGUCGAGUUACGGUGUGUAUGGUUUAGGUCACCUGAAACUUCGGUACUAUCAACUUCGGAGGCCCGCUAGGCGAAUACAGGAGCUGGUGAUGGCGAAACUGACCUUCAAUGUCGCAGGUCUUUCGUCCCGGACACGCAUGUUGGCCAUGGUUGAACAGGCAGCUCUGGCACAAAUUCAAAGCACGGACUCUCCUCCAACGAUCGUCGACUGUCAGCUGCUUGAACGCGCCACAAUCGCGCACUCAGUGUCCAUCUUUAUUAUAGUGCGAGCAGUCAGAAAGAAUCCACAGCAUCCAGGUAAAAGUACCAUCCACAUUCAACAACAGCAGCAACAGCAUAGGCGGCAUCAGCAGCAUCAGCAGCAUCAGCAGCAUCAGCAGCAUCGGCAGGAUCAGCAGCAACUCGAACAGACUUUUAGGAGGGGAGCGAAUGGAAUAUGA